GUGUUGCAACAGCAAAGUCAGCAAAUGUGAGAAAAUUUGAGCAAACGCCAGCAAAGCAAACUCUGCACUCUAUAGGGUGCAUGGAGUGUGGCGAGUGCAAGAUCGUUCCUAGCGACGGAAUCGUCGCGGAUCGACCUCGUUUUCUCAGAAUCUUACCGACACUUUCCACGCGUCGACCUUUAACUUUAACUGGCCCUGAACCGAGCCGAGCCGAAUUGGUCCGAAUAUUCUCGUCGCACGUUCUCCGAGGACACGGUACACGGUAUUCUCGUUGAUUCUCGCGUGAUUUGAGUUGGACGACGAGAAAAGAACGAGAACGGCGACAACAAGGACGAGAGGUGCGAGAUGCACCGGUGUUAAUCGACGGAAAGGUCGUGCCUUGGGUCGAUGAGAUCGAACGACGGGAAAGGGUAGCAGAAUCAGGAAUGCAGAAUAACGACGACGAGAAGACGCACACCGCCACGGAUCGCGACGAUGAGGCGUCGAAUAGCGACGGCGCGGCUGAGGAAACCGUCGGAGAUCGCGCCGACGAGACGCCGAGUCACGACGGCGCCGAGGAGACCUCCGCGGAUCACGAGAGUGACGGCCCGAAUCGUGGCGAGGGCAGCGUCGCGGAACGCGACGACGAAAGCCUAAAUCGCGACACCGAGCAAGCCGCCGGUGCGGAUUGCGAGGAUAGGGAUCGCAAAGAUACGCGGAAGUCCGUGUCGAAGAAGGGAGACUGUGUUUGGACCAUGUAUCUCCCGUCCACUUCGGGAAAGGAGACACUGGCUGUUUCAAACAAUAAUUACGGCUGCGAACACUACAAACGAAAAUCCAAAUUCGUGACUCCAUGCUGCAAUAAAGUUUAUACCUGUCGGUUUUGUCACGACGAACAAGAGGCACACACAGUGAAUAGAAAAGAAGUUACAGAAUUGAUAUGCGUUCUUUGCGAUACUCGUCAACCUGUUCAAGCUACUUGUCAGAACUGUCAUUGUCAAUUUGGUAAAUACACAUGUUUAGAAUGCAAUCUUUUUGACGACGAGGAUAAAAAUCAGUAUCAUUGCGAUGGAUGCGGAAUAUGUAGAGUCGGUGGUCGUGACAAAUUCUUUCACUGUGCUAAGUGCAACAUGUGCUUGCCCAUCCAGUUACAAAACGGACAUACGUGUAUAGAAAAUGUAUCGCAUUCCAAUUGUCCCGUGUGCCUGGAAGACAUUCACACGAGUCGUAUACCAUGUCACAUCCCGGAUUGUGGACACCUGCUUCACCGUAUGUGUUUUGAGGAAUUAUUGAACUCGGGACAUUACGCUUGCCCAUCCUGUCAGGUGUCCCUCUUAGACAUGACGGAUUUGUGGAAAUAUCUGGAUGCGGAAGUGUCGCUGACGCCGAUGCCGGAGGAAUAUAACGACUGUAAAACCGAUAUCUUAUGUAAAGACUGCCACGAGGAAUCUACGGUAAAGUUUCACAUCGUUGGGUUGAAGUGCUUAAACUGUGGUAGCUACAAUACUUGUAGGAUAAAAGGUUCCCCUUGUUCAGAUCCUGAUGCUCUAAACGAAGCAGCUGGUAUUACAGAAGAGAAAGAGGGAUCGUAAAACCAAAGUUUGGAAUAUUAUCAGAAAUUAUUCAACGAUCAUAGAAGGAAUAUACUAUAGUAAUAAUGAUAGGAGAGUAUUUGUAUUUUAUCUUUAUUUCAUCCUUUUUAUAGCAAAUUGCACUU